CUUUCAACGUCAGCAGAAAAACACAUCUCAACCUAAAUCUCAUCACAAAAUGGCUUCCAAGCUUUCCUCUCUCUUUGCAUGUGUUCUCAUUACCACCAUCCUUCUUGCCACUACAUGGCAAGCAGUUGCAAGACGCCAUACUAAACUAAAGAACUCAUACAAAGGGGACAAGAAAGAACCUCAGUUUUUGUUCCCUUCUGAUGGUUAUAUUCCUGGCUUUGGGAGAUUAGGGUUUCCUCCUUUCUUUGGGUUUACACCUCAGAAUCCAAACACUGGUAGUGAUGGUGGUGGUGGUGGUGGUGAUGUAGAGGCAGCACCAGUUUCAGGUGGUGGGAAUGGAUUACAAGUACCACCAGUUUCAGGUGGUGGAUAUGUUCCAGGUGGCGAUGGCACCUUUGUCCCAAACCCUGGUUUUGAGGUUCCAAGCCCUAGAAAUGGUGGUGGAGUUCCAGUUCCAGUAAAUCCGUGAGUACGGUGUCAGUGUAGUGAUGGUGAGCUACGUAGCAUGCAUGUUGUUAUGUUAUGGUUUUGCAAAAUUGAAGUACUAGCUAGUCUACUGUUUUUUGUGUUGGUGAAUAAGUUUUAUGUGUAGCUACUAUGAGUGAUAUGCAGAGUCUUUCUGCUACUUCAAAUGUGUGUAAUGUUUGCUGGUUGGAUUUCUU